GUGAACCUUCAUCUGCUGAGGUGGCCACCCCAACUAUUCAAAUCCUCCAAGUCGUGGAUUGGACUUCUCUCGAGUCGAGAGUAAGUAUAGCUCACUCAUUUUGCUUUCCCACACAACCCAAUCAUCUACUCUUUAUCAACUGUUGACUAUGCCGGAGAGAGCCACUUCACCCAUCAGCUCGCUACCGAAUGAGUUAAUCCUGUCCAUUUUCUGUUCUCUUCCAUCUUUUUCAGACGUGGCAUACUUUGCAGCAACCUGUCGCCUCUAUCGAAUAUUAUGGAUUAACCAGGCUUUCUCGAUAUUCACGAAUGUCGGACCUCGGACUAUCCCAUGCCGCAAAUUUGCGCGCACCCUACUUGCCGAUCAAGGUGGCCCUUCCGUAACUGCAAAUCGUCUAGCAUUGCAGGACGUUCUUCAACUUAUCAGAAACGCGAAGGUGGUGGAGCUGAAUAUAGCUCAGUUCAACGCACAAUGGAUGCCCGCACUGAAAGUCUUUCAUAUGUCGCGGGCCCCAAAACCUAAAGCUCUAUCGGCCAAUGAACGACACCGAUUUGCGCGAGGAAUAUACCAACUCUGGAGCUUUUUCAUCGUCGAUCGUGCGACCCGACAACGGAGACUUGGUACAUUAAAGUUAAAGUAUUUACUGGUUAUAUCUGAACUGUUAACAUUUUACUUCUGGCACUUUGAAGAAGACCCGAAGAGGCGUGCAAUUCUGAUAGACGAUGGCAACCCCUAUGACGAAGUCUUCGCGGAUUGUUACAUGACGCUUGCGGAAGCGUUGCGUGAACAUCAUGGUGAUGAAUCCGGCAGCUGGCAGUUGACAGAGUCUGACGGCAUUGGUGGGCGCUUCUCGCUCUGGGAUCCAUACCAAGGGCUUCUCAAAGAGAUGGUGCUUUUUGGAGCCUCCCGAGAUCGUAACCGGAAGUCGCCUCCUUUACCUUCUCCGCAGAGUGUCUGGGAUGAUACUUCGGAUGAUGAUCGGGCAGAGGGAGUGGAGCCGAGUGUUUCGCGUCAUACCACGUAGAGGUGUGGUACGAAACGAUCGAGUGUGGUUCGAGUCUUUGGAUAUAGAGUUUAUAAUUCAGCCGUUUUACAGAUAUAACCUCUUGCGUGACUGGAUGGAGGGACUUUUGUAAACGCAGCUAGCUUCCAGCACCACGGCAAUUACCGCAUCAUUUACCAGCCCAAUGUUCUUCGUCACACUUGACGGUCCCUACCUUUAACAUGACUGUUUCAGCUGCCUGCAUCAACAUGAAAAUUCAUGUCUGCACCCACAACACGGACACCCCUCUUCUACCUCAUAGUGGUGGGGAAACAGCCGCCCGAGG